AGACAAGUAUAACAGCGUGUAGACAUAUUUAAUGUGUAGUGAUGGUUGUUAUUCGUUUCUGACGAGAAACGUGGUUUAUGAUAUGGCCGUGUUUUUUGUGUAAAAUACAUUUUCGUUGCUUGUUGAGUCUGAAAUUUGAAAUACCGCUUCAAUCAAUCUCGUACUCGGCAUUUUUCUUAUUUUAAAAUCAAACAUGGAUGGUGCGAGUAUGUCGAGAGGUACGUUAUUAAGCCAGUUGGCAUACUCACUAGGAGCCCCGGAGCCAGCACUGCGUUUGUUGGUGUCAGUUUUAAUAGGAUAUCCACUAGCUAUAAUACAUAGGCACACAUUAUAUGGACACCUACUUCAAUAUCAACAUCUCUUUUUUGUAGUGAGUGGUUUAAGCAUUGGAUACUUCAAUUAUGGUUGGGAAGUUUUACACUCAGUUGCUUCUGUGCUGGUUGUAUAUGGUGUCUUGAAAAUCAUUGGUGGUACUUUAAUCUCUGUCAUAUGCAUCUUUAUAUUCACAAUGGGCUAUCUUUUAGCAGGUUAUUAUAUGACUGGCACAGAAACAUAUGAUAUUAAAUGGAGUAUGCCACAGUGUGUACUCACUCUACGGUUAAUAGGUUUAGCAUUUGAUCUCUUUGAUGGGAAGAAGUUAGAAGAAGAACUCUCCCAAGAACAGAAGAAGAAAGCUCUGUCCAAGAUACCAUCUCUGCUUGAGGUUGCUGGUUACACGUAUUUUCCAGCAAGUUUCCUGGUUGGCCCGCAGUUUUCCAUGAGAAGAUACUUAGACUUUGUUGCUGGAAUUUUCAGAGAUGAAGUAGAGACAUUCCAGACUGACGAACUGCCUAAUUGUUUAGUACCAGGAUUGAAGCGAGGAGGUCUUGGUUUUGUGUAUCUUGGCCUGUACCAAGUUGGAAUAUUAUUCUUUCCUGAUUCUUACUUACUGGGUAAAGAGUUUCAGGAACUACCAUUCUGGAAGCGAUGUUUAACAUUGGGUUUGUGGGGCAAGAUAACAUUAUACAAGUAUAUUUCUUGCUGGCUCAUCUCGGAGGGUGUGUGCAUUACAGCAGGUCUGACAUACAAUGGCAAGGACUCGUCAGGCAAAAGUCGGUGGGAUGGCUGUGCCAAUGUUAAACUUCGAGUCUUCGAGGGAGCCACUAAAUUUGGCCAUUUCAUCACCUCAUUCAACAUCAAUACCAACAACUGGGUGGCGCAAUACGUAUACAAACGCCUGAAGUUCCUUGGCAACCGCUAUAUCUCGCAGGCAGCGGCACUUGUGUUCCUUGCAGUCUGGCAUGGUCUGCAUUCUGGGUACUACAUGUGCUUCUUGCUUGAAUUUGUUAUUAUGAAACUUGAGAAAGAUUUGGAGGCAAUGCUUGAACAAAGUGAAAUUAAAGAAUUUCUCAGGCAUGGUGUACUUCGCCCUCUCACAUGGUUGGUGCUGAAGCUGUACACAUUUGUGUUCAUGGGAUAUUGUCUGGUUCCAUUUGUUCUGCUGUCAUAUCCACGCUGGAACCAUGUGUACAUGUCUGUUUACUAUUUUGGUCAUUUUGUAUUCUUCCCUUGGCCACUUUACUCACCAUUUGUGAAGAAACUGCUGAAAUUGUGGAAGCUAAGAAGAUCUCACCGAGAGUGAAAGUAUAUAGCAGCAUGAUCCUGAAGGUAUGGAUGCCAUACAUACUAGAAAAUACAGUGUGUUUACUUUUAUAACAGUACCUGGACUCAUUUGAGGAUUUCAUUAACCUCUGCAACCCAGGACCUGUUGUUUAUAUGAUUAUUGUUGUUCUUUAAAAUUAAGUGUGAUCUACCCCACUGAUUUUAAUCUUUAGACUUGUCACGUAAACCACGUCAAACACUAGACACUGCCAGUAUUAUAUCUUUAUAUUAUUUUUUUGUUAUCUGUUUGCAAAAAUACUGCAUUAUACAUUGUACAACAAAGUGGCCAACAGAAAAUUACAAAUACAAUGACCUGUGGUUGGCAUACAGCCCGUGACAUAGCAGUCAGUCUCUUGCUGGUUGUGUUAAUUUCAUUACACUCAUAUCUGAGGGUACCUGGGUUAUGCUCAAAAAGUGGUCUUUCAUAAGUUGGAUAGGUUGUGUUUUGUGAUAUCCCAUUUACGUACGUCAAUUUAGACAUGUGAUCAGUGAUUAGUGAUGUGGGUAUAUAGGUAUUAUUGGCCACCUUACGUACAGGAGUGUAAAACUGUUUCAGAACCUAAUGUUCAGGGAAACAGUAAUAACCAAAUAAGUAUAUCUUGGCAAGCAUUCUUGAUUCUUUCAAAUUGGGUCAUAGUGUAUUUACAUCGUUUUACCCUUGAUUAAGGUUAUCACUAACAUGAAGAAUAGAGUACUGUUUAAAAUAAAUACACUGUACAGAGUUUAGAUUGCUAGAAUAUGAAAUUAAGUAUGUGUAGAUGGAUUUUUACACCACUCAUGUAGAUGACAUGAAAGGAGACCAGUAACAGUUCACUUGCAUAAAACAGGAUAUGAGAUACAUACAUGGUAUGUAACAUGAGGUUAUUGUAAAUUGGAUCAGAAAGAACAUUAAAAUUAUCAGCAGUAAAUGGUGUUACAUCCCCAAAUAGUGUACAAAAGUGUUUUAUCACCUAAAAUUUUGUUGUUUUAAAUUUUGUUGUUGUAAUUUUACAAAUAUGUAUUUGCUUGCCACAUUUAUUUCUCAAUACUGCUGGUAAUAAUUUUUUUAAACAAGUAUGGGGUUUAAUUUAACCUACUUUCUUUUGUGUUAAUUCUGCAAAAUGUUCAGCGUAUUUACUUCUAAACAUGUUCCCAAGAACACGAGGCUGUUUUAAAGUCGAUGUGGGUGCACUCAACUCUGUACUGUACUGAAUGAUUAGCUGGUAAAUUGAGUGAAGGAUAGCUUGUAUUGCUGACUACAUAGACUUCAUGUAGAAAGCAACUGAGCGGUACUACUGCGUGUCCUAUAAGGCUGUGGUGCGCAAACCCUUUUUUACCCAUGACCUCACAUUUUAACAACUUUUCUUAUGUGACCCCACCCUAUUUAUGUUUAUAUCUUUGAAAGAAAAAAGUAAAAAUGUCAGUACACAACGUGAGUUUGGAUCUUGGGUGUCAAUUAUUAUCUUUACUGAAAUAAUUACAAAUAUUUUUAGAUGUUGGUGUUUAUUCAGAUUCUUCAAAUGAAAGAAACAAUAAUUAAUAAAAAAAAUUUAGCUUGGAUCCUGGGCAUUGUGCUUUCCAGUCUUGUACUAAUGGAUGAAAUUGCUCUUUAAAAUAUACCUCCACAUGAAGUCUGGAAUACUGCCCAUGCCUUUAUGAAGUUCACCAUACUGAUACAUGUUUUAGUAUUUCAUUGGCAUGAAAUGAACAUCAGAAAUCCAGUCAUUGAACAUAAACAAUGAAACAACCAAAGCAAGGUUGCUUUGUGUACAUAUGACCAAUUGAAUGAACCCAUGUAAAAGUACUUCUUAUUCUUGCCAAUUGCUGUUUUUAAAAUUUAGUGGCAGAUUUGUAUUUUCUGAUUUUUUUAAUUGUUAGUUGAUCUUGGUAUGGUAUAAAUGGUUAUUAGUAACAUGUCAGUUGACAUAGAUAAACUUAUACAGUAUUAAAUUGGUAUAUAAAUAAAUCACUCAGUUUCUUUGUAGCAUAACAACAGUGAUACACAAGCCUGCCAAAAAUGAAGCAUCAAUAUAAAUAGCAGGCACUGGAGCAAGUAAUAUGUUUCUCAAACUUAUUGCCCAACACUAGUGGUGUGCAAAUUUAUACUCAAUUGUUAGGUUGACAGUCUGUCUGCACAACAGUUUUGUUUAUAGUUUCAGUGUUUGUUAAGAAUCUACUACAUGUUUUUACCUUAACUGGUCAUCUUUCAGGUGGUUCUCUUUAAGUGUUUGAAACUAGUAGAUAUGACUGCUAAAUUCUGUACUUAUUUUGUGUAGUUGAACUGCAGAGUUCAACUAUAUCUUUUCACUAGUAACUGCUUGUACAUUGUCUGCUCUACUUAAAUAGGUAAGCUGCUUAAGACACAGUCCAUUAUGUGGUGAAGUCAACAACAGAAGAUAUGUGUACAAUUUAGCAUUAUAUAUAUUAGUUUCAAACUCUCAAAGAAACCCACCUGAAGAUGACAGUUAAGGUUGAAACAUGUAGUGGGUUCUUAAUGUACAUAGAUACUAUUAUCAAAAAUUGUUGUGUAGAUCAGUGGUAUUUAACCUUUUUUGUUCACGUACCCCCAGAUAUA